AUGAGAGAAGUCAUUCGUGUUAGAGACUUUCCUCAAAGUAAAGUACAAGAAAUUUCUGACGCAACAGGUAUAGCAUUUAAUGUUACCAUUGGUUAUUUCAAUAACUCAAGACAUAAUGAAAUAAAGAGAUAUAUACCAAAAGAAUGUGAAACUGUUCGAACUAUUGACUUACUUCUUGUUGAAGACCACUACAUGCUAAACGAAAGAUUACCUAUGACAACAUAUUUCAUUCGCAACUAUAUAGAAAUCUUGAAGGAAUGUGGUGGAAUGAACAUUGAGAAACAAAUGAAGAUUUAUACAAAGAGAGAGAACAAAUAUGUAGUUCGUUAUGAUAGAACAACACCGUUAUGGGAUGUUAUGAAACAAUUGUGGGAGUGCAAAUAUUUCGAACCUAUUUCUUAUGGAGAACUUUUCACAUAUACGACUGACUUAUAUAAACAGAACCUUGCAUCAUUUAAAGAUUUGACAUAUGCUCCAAAGUAUUGUGUACAACUGAAGAAGAAAGCCGAGUCAAAAGAAGUAAAUAAAAAUAAGUGCAAGUUCAUUCCUGAGCACGUUUUCUUUGCUGGCUUUGAGUGUAGCACAGACGGCUUUCAUAAAGCUUUUAACAUCUGUUAUGACAGUGAAGAUGGUUCAGUGAGUGAAAGCAUAUGGGGUCAAAACUGUGCAACAGAAUUUUUGGAACGACUUCCUGACAAGAGUUUAGUAUAUUUUCACAACCUCAGCUAUGAUAUAAACUUCAUCUUAAGACACAUGACAGAAGUGAAAGGAACUCCCAUCAUUAAAGGUUCACGAACAAUGCAAAUAACUGGCUUAUAUAAAGGAAGGGCAAUUAUUAUAAAAGACUCUUACAGUGUUAUAAAUAAGAAGCUUAAACUAUUUCCUGUUAUGUUUAACUUACAAACAGGACCGAAAGAAGUAUUUCCAUACAACUACUACAGCAGUGUUUUGUUAGCAAAUGACAACAGAACUGGUGUCAUUUCUGAAGCAUGUAAGUUUAUCCGGGAUGCGGAUACGUUCAUGAAAAACAUAGAUUCCAUCAAAG